AUGGCCCCGAGAGAACCGUUCAAAGUUCAUUCGCUCAGCAAGCACAUUGAAGAGACCAAAAAGAAGAUGAACGCCGACAGAAAGGUCUUCGCACGAACCCCGAUCAAGAAGGACGCCGCUCCCGUCCCUAGCAUCUUCGACCGCGACAACGGUUCCGACUCCGAUACCAGCAGCGACGGUAGCAGCAGCUCAGAUGACAGCGACAUAGAUAGUGCUGCUUUCAUGAAGAAGCUCGCGGCAAAGUCCUCGGCCUCGAAGCGCCGUAACACAGGCGAAGAAGUCGCUGAUAGUGAUGUCGAACGCGCCUCUGCUACGAAUGAAACGAAACCAGCCGACAAGGUUGCUACCCCCAUCAAGGCCAUCAAGGCCUAUUCGUCCCCCUCCCCAAAGAAGACCUCCGUUGCGGCUGUCGAGAAGGGUAGUGAGAAGAAAGUGAGACCCGACGGCCCCACACAGAAAUCUGAAGCCACCAGCCCCAGCAGCAGCUCAGACUCAGAUUCUAGCUCUAGCUCCAGCUCUGAGGCCUCAUCCAGUGAUAACGACAGCGAGGGCGAGAACGAGAGUGAGACUGUCCCUGCUAAGGCGCCCGUUGCUUUGGAGAAGUCUGCCGACAAGUCCUCCCUCUCCAAGCAAACGGAAUCUGACAGUGACAACUCUACCUCGGAGGAAGCCGAGUCUGAGAGCGAUGGCGACUCACCACCUGCUGCUAAGCCUAAACGCAAGCCAGUUGCAAAUGGUGUCAAAACAACCACCACAAAGGCAAAGGCAACCAAAGCCGACAACAGCAGUGACGAGACCAGCAAGGAAAGAUCCGGCGAUGAAUCUCGAGACGGUGCCGAGUCCAGCGACGAAGAGCCUUCAGAUGAUUCCAUACCCAUCAGCGAGCAGGCACAGACUGGCCAGGUCGGGUUGUCCCGAUUUGUGCCUCACAAUAUUGAGCUUGGCAAAAGCGACAAACACAGCAACGGCCAGGACGUAGCUCGCAUUUGCAAGGAGGCCAUUCUACAGGGCAAACAGUUUUGGUAUUUUACUGUGCCCCACGCCGUUCCCGUCUCUCUUGUCCAGAAGCUGGAGUUCCCCGUGGAUGCCUCGCAACAAGGUGACAACAUUCUUUCCCACAACGGUGAAGACUAUGGCGUCUCUUUUGAUAGCACCGCACCCACAAAGUCUUUCGAGAUCCUCAUUCCUGCUACCAAGGACUCCGCGUACCAGUCGUCUCGCCAAACCACGGACAAAGUCGUGCAACUCCGAGCUAUCACUCAAAUUGGAGUUACAACAGCGACCCCAUCGGCUAUUGGCUCGUCAACCAAUGUUGCUCGGUCGCAGCCCAUUGAUCUCAAGCCGCGCUUCCAGCCGAUGGAAUUCUCCAGCUACAUGAGCACUGCAGGUGCUGGUGCUAGUACCAGUCAUGAUGUUGAGAUGCAGGAUACGCCGGCUAAUGGCUCUACUCCCAAGACCGCUAAGAAGAAGGACAAGAAGCGUGUUGGUGCCUCAGACUCUAAGGAGACCGCCAACAAGGGCAAGAAGAGUAAGAGAGAGCACAGCGACUCGGAGGAUGGGGAUGCUGCCGCUGCUGAGCAGCUAAUGGAAGAAAGCGUCUCUGCGGUGACCAAACACAAGAAGCAAAAGACUACUCGCCGUGCCAGUCUUGAUCCAGGAACUCCAGUCUCGGCUUCAGCGGUGCGGCAGACUACCGUUCUGCCUCCCGCUCUUCCCGCUUCAUUGGCCACUCGAGCUACUGUGUCCACGCCGGUCAAGAAGACGAAGAAGACCACGACUACCAAAUCCUCGGCCAACCCAAUAACCCCGCAUCGCGGCGCGCAGGUUCCUGGGAUCACCAAAAAGGAGACGCCAGUUCCUGUGCCUGUACUUCCUGGCUGGAGGUCGUCAGCUGCUACAGCCAGCGCGACUGUGAAGCAGUCGCCGAAGGAUCAGAAAAGCGCUGCUGCUACCAGGAGCCCCUCCUAG